GCACUCGUUGUGUUGUUGUGGAUGUUAUUGUUACUGAUGAAGUCUCUCCGCACCGUGACGCUGUCGCACGUCUCUGAAUGUUUUCUGCGUGCAUCAACGUGUUGCGAAGGAAACAAUGCCUCGAUAUAAUUAUUAUUAUUUGGGUUCGCAUCUUUCAACCAGCCAAAUGCUUUGGCAUCUCCCCCCCCCCUCCGCCGACCUCUCUUCUCUCGCUCUCUCUCUCUCGCACGGGGCCUCACAGUUUCAGAAGAUAUCUUAGUGCCGCACGCACGUCUCCACGGUACGAGCUGGAUCCAACUGCCCCUUUCCCAAACCCCCAGCAAAGACACAGGUUUGCAUGUAUACGAUCAACGCGGUCUGAUAUACCCUUUGUUGUGUGUGGGUGGUAAGGGGGGGAGGGGGGAGGGGGGUGGAGGGCUGCGCGUAGCACUCGUUGAUCUUCUCGAGACGGAGAACGUUGAUUUACCUGCACCCACGAAAGUGAUGGCUCUUCUUUGUUGUCGUUGCUGUCGUCCUUCUCUCUCGCUUUGUAUUCAACGCCACCUCUAUUUCGUAUGUCGCUGUAUUUUUUUUUUCUUUCUAUUACUAUUAUUGUAUCUUCGUCUCUGCGAACUAGUGCGUAUCCUUUCACUGUGCAACUGGAUGGCUUCGCGGAGAUGAAAAAAGAAAGGGAGAAAAGAGAAAAGAGAAAUCUGUUGAGUUCCUCCUCCUCCUUCCACGCUUGAGUCUCCAUGAAGCCGCCGCAACGGCGAUGAGCGCACUGUCCCACGUGUUCCUCUACUUUUCUUUCCUUUUGCUUGAUUUCCAUUUGGCCAUAUGUAUAGCUACGAAUAUGGUGUUCUCUUCUUUCUUUCUCUCUCUCUCUUCCUUUGCUUCCUUUGCACACAUUCAUUGUACCUGAUGGUCAACUGACCCGUGCGUCUUGCAUCAUCACAUUUUGGAUGCGUGACAUUCCCUUUUUUUUUUCUCUUUUUGCUGUUGUUGUGUGUUUCUUCCCCCUUCAACUCCUCCUUCUUUCUGGCGUACCCUGUGUUGUACUCUAUCGCCGCUUCGGGUACGUUGCGACCACUGUCGACCUUUCCUUUUUCGCCGAUUUGCUGUUCCGCUAAAACAACGUGUCUGAACGACGAAAUAAGGCGAAGAAAGAAAAAAGGCAAAGAAUAACAGUGAUUUUUGCCGUGACGAAGCGGGCGGGAGUACACAACAAGAGAGAGGGUAUUCCAUCAACGAUCUGAGCUUUUGAUCAGAUCUAACAUUAAUAUAUUUCUUUUCUUCUUCUUCUUUUGUUUGACGAAGACGAUGAGAGGAUCUGCGCUGAUGUGACUGGCCACAACGGAUGUGGUCAAGUCAAUCUCCUGCAUCCCUUCUCGCUCCUCCUCGCCGUUCUUUCCUCCCGUUUUUUGUGCUUUAUGCCGUUCUCGCCGCCGUUCUUUGUGCUGGGAGCGUUGCGCCCUUACUUUUUUUUUUCUGGAGCCGUGGCAGAUGAGACGUGGUUCUGAACGACACACAACCAAACAAGCGCACGAGACGCUCUGGUGUGCAUGGGAAGGUUGAAAGUGAGCUGCGUGACGACACCUCUCUCUUCUCUUCGAUGCGAAGCCGCGACUGCGCCGCUGCACCCAACCGGAAGCCAUACAUGCAGCCGAGCAAAUCAAUAGAAACAAACAAAACAAAACAACAAGAAAUAUUUAAAAAAGAAAAGAAAAUACCAGAACCCAAGAACAGUAAAAACCAUCAAAAAAGAAACAUUACAUCGCCGUGUGAUCUCCAUCUAGUUUUCUCCGUUGUUGUUGUUGUAAGCCACGUAUUUCCUCUUGUUUUCAAUAUUUGUUUUAUUGAAGGUUUCUCUUUUUUUCGAGGACAUCUCUUUCUGUCCAUGCUCUCUCUCUCUUUCUCUCUCUAUAUAUAUUCGAGUUGUUUUUUGUCAAAAAUCCCUUCGGCAGACAUCGCGUGGUAUCGCGUCCCUCUUGCUCGUUCACGUCCCUUCAGCUUUUUGUCCGCGCCUGUCUUCCCUUACUUCUUCACCUUUCCUUUUUUUUCUUCUGUCUGUUGUGUGAGGCACCUGCGCUUUCUCUGUGAGAAGUAA